AUGCCGCUUACAAACCGCCGUCGCGCGCGGCGCAAGGAAGUUCAACUACAGGAAACCUCUGAUGCAGAGGCACCGGACUCGUCGCCUAGCCGACCCUCCGCAAAGAAGCGCAAGGUGAGUCAAGAUAAGGUGGAAGUGGGAUCGGGCUUUCAGCGCAAGCAGGAACUAACAUCCGAAUUUUCUCUUGGGCAACAGGUCGACCGGCGCAAAUCUCCUUCACGAACUGUCAAACAAGAGUCCGGCGACGAGGCCGAAGACUCAACGGGCGAUCACGAACCAGCCUCCAAUCAAGAUCUGGUGGAUCUCGUGAUCUCGUACUUGAACACUCCCCGCGAAGAAUUGCGCGUCUCCCGCGACCAUUCAAACACCAAAACCGAGAAUACCCAGCGUAUCCAAGCCUAUGCCAAGAUUGCAGGCCGCAACUGGACCUACUACGUCAAAACAUUGCAUGUCAACAUCGGCCGGGAACCGGACCGCGAACAGAGGACUACCGAACAGUCAAGCCCGGUUACGAUAGCCGCCCGUGCGCUACCAGAUGUUCAUGUCGACUUGGGCCCCAGUAAAUUUGUAUCCAGACUGCAUGCGGAGAUCUUCUAUGACGGAGAGGAGACACCCGCCUGGCACAUUCGCGUCAACGGGCGAAACGGUGUGCGCUUGAACAAUGGCAUUGUGAAGCGCGGCACGGAUGCAGUGUUGUCAUGUGGUGACAUCAUUGAGAUAUCCAAUACGCAAAUGAUGUUCGUCACGCCUGGCGACGAGGCCAACAUACACCCGAGCUUUAUCGAGCGCGCCCAGCGCAUCGCUAGUGGCCAGGAGCAGGACCCCGUUGCGGUGUCCUGGGACGCUUCACAGCAUGCGCAUCCUUCGCAGCCAUCCCAGGCCGGCGAGGAAGUACGGCCAUCCUCCUCUGGUGGGCCUUCGUUGGCACCGGCUCCUCAAUUCCUCAAGCGCCAGGUUACACCACCACCGCGAUCACCUGAUACCGUGGGACAGCGCACUGCGAAGCAAUCCCCGCUUUAUAACCGCGGUAUGAUGAUGGAAAGCACAGAGGAAAUCGAUUACAGCAAGGAUGCCGCAAAGGAUUUGAAACCGCCGUACAGUUAUGCGACACUGAUUGCCCAGGCGAUUUUCUCCAGCGAAGAAGAGAAACUUACCCUGAACAGCAUUUACAAUUGGAUCAUGGACAAAUAUUCCUUCUAUCGCCAUUCACAAAGCGGCUGGCAAAACUCCAUCCGACAUAACCUCUCGUUGAACAAGGCGUUCCAAAAAGUCCCCCGGCGCACCGAUGAACCUGGAAAGGGUAUGAAAUGGCAGAUUGCGGCAGAGUACAGGGAAGAAUACCGGAAGAAACAAACCCGCAAAGGCCACACUUUGUCCUCCGCUCCAUCAUCGCCAGCAGCUAAAGAACCCCCCUCUUCCGCAACCCGUGGAGCCCGCGUCAGCAAGCUGGACACAUCUUUCUCUGCCACCGCGAAGAAGUCGCCACCCGUGUCAUCUCCCGGAUUCAGUUCAUUCCCCGUGGCUCCAGUGGAAGCCUACACACCCGAGCGCGGGUCUCGACUCGGCCGUGGAGUUGGUUCCGAUCAUCCACUGCGACACAUGAACCCACGCGAUUACGAUGAACCAUCCCCACUCCCGGCCCGCACGCACAAUCCCAGCUCCAGUGUUUCAACGCAGGUCCAAAACAGUAGCAACAAUCUUGCCCGCGCAUAUGGAAUGUCUGACAACAUUGCCGGAUCUCCUCCCGUCCUCUCAUCAUCCUAUUACAACGAAGAACCCUCUUCAAUGAUCACCCCUGCUCCUCAACGCCAACAACCUCGUCUCCCACCCCCGAGCACAGCGCAAAUUCCCUCCAAGUUCAUGCCCAUGAGUUCGCCUGCUCAAUUUUGGAAAUUCGCCGAUAUCGGCAGUACCCCUGCCCGCCCUCCACCAGACAUGAGUCCAAUCAAGGGCGAGGUCGAGGACCGCAUCAUUGGCGGGUUCCCGAGUAGUAGCCCUCCUCCGCCAAACUUGGUCAGUCCCAGUAAACCCGGGACAUCGAAUGGGUUGGGCCCCGGUCGAACUCUGCCGCCCAUGAAGACGGAGCCGGAUUUGGGUGCCAAUGGCUCCCAUUCCCACAAGGAGGGACCUCUUGCUGACGAAGAUGAUGAGGAGGAUACAUCUGGUUUUGAUAUUGCUCGGGGCUUCCCGGCUAUCGGCUCAUACCAUCGUCAACUAAGCAAUGCUGCCCGUGCGACUGCUACUUAG